AUGCUGCUCUCCUGCCGCCAUUGCUGCCGUGUAUCUGUUGCUGUGGCCACACGAACGAUAAACAAUACGAUGGCCACCUCCUCCUCCACUCUGGAUGAAGAUGAGAGUUUGAAGGGCUGUGAGAUUUUUGUGCAAAAGCACAACAUCCAGCAGAUCCUCAAAGAGUGCAUUGUGAACCUCUGCAUCGCUAAACCUGAGCGUCCUAUGAAGUUCCUGCGAGAGCAUUUUGAAAAGCUGGAGAAGGAAGAAUGCAAGCAGAUUAUGGCACGACAAAAAUCUAACAGCCAGUCGGACUCUCAUGAUGAUGAAGUUUCACCACCGCCUCCCAACCCGGUCGUCAAGGCACGCCGCCGCAGGGGAGGGGUCAGCGCCGAGGUCUACACCGAAGAGGACGCGGUCAGCUACGUGCGCAAGGUGAUCCCCAAAGACUACAAAACCAUGACGGCCCUGGCUAAGGCCAUUUCCAAGAAUGUGCUGUUUGCUCAUCUGGAUGACAACGAGAGGAGUGACAUAUUUGAUGCCAUGUUCCCUGUGACGCACAUCGCUGGUGAAACGGUCAUCCAACAAGGUGACGAAGGAGACAACUUCUAUGUGAUUGACCAAGGAGAAGUGGAUGUGUAUGUCAAUGGAGAGUGGGUGACCAAUAUCGGAGAAGGAGGGAGUUUUGGAGAGCUGGCCCUGAUCUACGGGACUCCCAGAGCAGCCACGGUGAAGGCCAAGACUGAUCUGAAGCUCUGGGGGAUCGAUCGAGACAGCUACAGACGCAUUCUCAUGGGAAGCACGCUCCGGAAGAGAAAGAUGUACGAAGAGUUCCUCAGCAAAGUCUCCAUCUUGGAGUCGCUGGAUAAAUGGGAGCGCUUGACUGUGGCCGAUGCUUUGGAGCCAGUGCAGUUUGAGGACGGAGAGAAGAUAGUGGUGCAAGGAGAUCCUGGAGAUGACUUCUUUAUUAUCACAGAGGGGAUUGCCUCAGUUCUGCAGCGCCGCUCGGACAACGAGGAGUAUGUGGAAGUCGGACGCCUGGGGCCAUCCGACUAUUUUGGUGAGAUCGCGCUGCUGCUGAACCGGCCCAGAGCGGCUACCGUCGUCGCCCGCGGCCCGCUCAAGUGCGUGAAGCUGGACCGGCCCCGUUUCGAGCGCGUGCUGGGGCCCUGCUCGGAGAUCCUCAAGAGAAACAUCCAGAGAUACAACAGUUUCAUCUCCCUGACCGUGUGA